CUGUAAAAAUGCCGUCGUUGCUGGAAGCGCUGGAGCUGAAGUACGGCAGCUCGACGACGGACUGCUCGUUGACGGAUGACGAAGCGGAGUCCGGCUCGCCCAAGGCCGCUCUGUCAGUGAGCAUCUUCAUCCCCAAGAAGUCGCCGCGGCAUACGGUGCCGGCUCUGCUGGUGCUCCAGGACUGCGACAUCGAGUCGGCGGGCAACGAUGCCGAAAAGUUACGUAGCAAGUGCAAGAACGUCGAGGAGCUUGAUCUGGCGCAGAAUAAGCUGUCGCAGUGGACGGAGGUAUUCGGCAUUCUGCAACACAUGCCCAAAAUCAAGUUUGUCAAUCUCAGUUUCAACUGCCUCGCGGAGGUAUUGGAUGUCAAGCACGGUAACUACGAUCUUUUGAGGAAUCUCGUGCUGAACGGCACUAGGGUUUCCUGGUCGACGGUGCAGGGAUUGGUGCGGCUUCUACGGAAUCUUGAGGAGCUCCACUUGUCGUUAAACGAGUACAAAACGGUAGAUCUCGAUUACCAAAAGCCGGAGAAUGUAAACCCGGCGCUGAAGAAGUUGCACUUCACCGGCAAUCCGGUGGAAAUUUGGAACGAGAUCUCCAAAUUGGGGUAUCUAUUUCCAAAUCUGAAGAGUCUUGUCCUCGCCGAGUGCCCAAUCAGAUCACUCGCUCUAGAGGAAAAUCGAAAUUUGCCGCCCGAGAACGAUCGACGAGCGAAGGAAGAGGACCACGGGCAGGAUAACGAGAACAUGAAUCAUUUAGAUGUAGAUGAGCACACGUCGUCGGAGGAGAAGGGAAAUAGAAUAUUCGAGAGCAAGGUCAAUUACGAUAGAUCCGAGUCGGAGUCGGAGUCCAACGGAACGACCAUCAAAUCGCCUCACGAUCCCUUCAGGAUGCUGAGGUUCUUGAACGUGAACGGUACCCUGUUAUCGACCUGGGACGAGGUCGAGAGGCUCGCCAGGUUCCCAGCGCUCAAGUCGCUUAGGAUUCAAGGAUGUCCGCUUUUCGAGGUAAGCGACUCUUCCUCUUCCGACGAUCAAAGAUUGCUACUAAUAGCUCGGUUGCCAAACGUCGAGACUUUGAACGGUGGCGGCGUGAUAUCGUCCCAGGAACGCGAGGACGCCGAGAGGGCUUUUAUACGUUAUUAUAUGGACAAACCGGAAGCUGAUCGGCCUGAAAGGUAUUCCGAGCUCGUGGCUAUUCACGGAAAGUUGGACCCCUUGGUAAACGUGGAUUUGACACCGGAGAAAAGGGUCAAGGUCACGUUCACUUACGGAGAUCUCGUCGAGGUACGAUCGGUCGAUGUAUAUAGAACAGUUUUCGAAUUAAAAACCAAAUUGGAAAGUAUGGUGAAAAUUCCUGCCAACAGAAUGAGACUCUUCUACGUUGAUCAGGUAAUGAAGGCGCAGUAUGGACCGGAAGAAAUGUUGUAUCCGAACAAGCAACUCUAUCGAUACAACAUUAGAAACGGCGACGAGAUCAUCAUCGAUAGCAAACUGAAUCGAUUCGCGUCUACGUCUUCGGCUACAUCUUCCAUUCGUUCCUGAAGAAAAUCGGCACGCGAAUCGAGCGGUAUUGAAGAAAUUCAAUAGCUCUUCGAGUUUUUUGAUCUCUUACUUAUUGCUUCGCGAUGCGAUUCGUUUGUUGCUGAAUUUUAAUGAUGCCAUCGAUACAAAUCGAUAGAGAAACACCGGUUUUCAUGACCGCGUUUAUUAACGUUGCAGAUCUGAUAACCAAAAACUGUUACAAUCGGCGAAGGGCAAUUCGGAAACGUUCCCAUGCAUGGAGGUAUAUGUAAACUAACAGUUUAGAAGAAUUGCGAAUGUUCGAUGUUGUAUCAUACCGCAAAUAUUUCAAAAUAAUAAUAAGAAAUAAUAAUAAAUAAUAACUGACAUACAAUAAUCAUGAAUUGGCGAAUUGAUAUCGAGUGAAAUUGUUAGGACACGAAGUAUCUCCUUAAAAACGAUAUAUUUUUUCGAAAAUUAUGACGAAUUAUCGCGAUCGAUGCACUUUGAUCGCAGCAAAGUCGUCUGACGUUGUUAUAUAUAAUUAUUUAUCUGUAUAAGAAACUCAUCCAUUGUCUCUAUGUAUGAACUUAACCGCUACUAACGAAUCUGGCAUAUAUAGAGAAUAAUUGUUUCCAGUGUAUACAUGUACACUUAGAUAAAGUAGAUGGUCGUCGAUUCGUAAGUUUUCUCUAAUGUAGAAUAUAAUUUUUGUCUAUUUUAGACGACAAAAUGUAAUGGGAAAGGAUUGUACAUAGUCAAUAUUUCAAUUUCCAGCCAAAUUCGAUGUAGUUACGAUACGCGAGCUUCAGGGAAGUUUAUCUUUUUAUUUAUCGACGCUCGACUUAGGGGACGAUAGGGAUUCAUAUAGGGAAAAAUAGUUCACAUGGAUUAUGUGACAUGUUCACGUAACCCUAAGAUAAUUAAUGCCAACACGACUGUAACGAGGUGCGUUGCUAUUGACGAAGAGAAUGAAAUAUUUUUGUAGAUCAAGGUCACAGUUUAGCUUUAAAGAAGUACUCGUUCAUGACGAACGCGUUUUGUUGCUCUUUGUCAAACACCGGGCAAUGAUAAAAGUGUUUAAACAGCACUCGCAGCUGUCGUUUCCGUCGCGCACGUAUUUUUAUAAAUACGAAGAAUACGUGCGAUCUUUUGCGGGGGUCAUUUGUGCGUAGAUGUAACAUGCCAGAGAAAUCUCGUGCUUAAGAUUAGUAGAAUGUAUCGCUAGUUCGCAAGUGUCAUCCACUUUUAUUAUCAUCUUGACUUUUGAAUGAUCUUUGUACUUUCUCUCAAGAUGAUACGUUUAUAUAAAAACUUUUUUCUCAACUCUGCGCGAAAUUAAAACAGCACAAGAGCGUCAUCAGUUUUCCUCGUCCUGUCUAGAUGAUUUAAAAUUAGGAUAUUGCAGCGUUUAAUCCGGUAAAACGUGAGAGAAAAAGAGAAAUUUACGAAACUACAUAAGAUUUAUGUAAAGUUGAAGCUCUGCGUUGCGAUAUAGAUAAUCUACUCUCGAUAUGUACUUAAGUAUAAAUUAAGUACCCUCAAUGUUUUUUUAUUCCGUAAUAUUGAACUAUAACGCAGUAUGAGUAAACUAUUGUACAUUAUUGCUUCGUCACAAAGUGAACGGAGAUCAUAUAAUACAUUGACAACUAUGAUAGAAUCGUAAGGUAAAUUUCCAAUGUGAUUUUAUAAAAAAAGUUGCAUACACGCGUAUAAUUUAAAAUUCUCGCAACCAUCUCGAUCUUCAAAAGUAUGUUUUUUUUCUCUGAAGCGCUACAAAUAUAUCUCGUUGCAUUUACGGCUUAUCCCGAUUUAGGGCACAAGCGAGCUUGCGAAAAGGAAGUUACUAGAACGUUACGUUGCUUUGUUCUUUGAAUCCGGUGGCACCGCGGAAAAUGUUCAGCUACAAGCGUUAGAGAAAGAAAGCGGACAGUGUAUCGAGUUUCGGUCUUUUUCAUCCAUAAGCAACGAAACUUGAAGAGUCACUUAUGCCUGCCUUUUACGCGUACUAGUGUAAUUCUGAUACUUCUAACACUGCCCUGUGAAUAUUAUGAAGCGUGAUUCGGGACGUGUGGCAAGGCUCUCUGUACAUAAAGAGAAACAUUAAUCGAAUUCUCGUGCAGCGAUGCAAUUCUAAUAAAAAGUAGCCCAGUUUGCCAAUAAUAAUAAUCUUUGGUCAACGAUUAAAGAAAUAUUCGUAAAGCAAGUUUCACUAUAUUAUUAUACAAAUUUGAUACUCUUCUAGUUUAGUACAAAUUAUCAAGAAACUAAAAGUAUUUCGUUAAAUGUGUUCGGUAACGAAAGAAGACAUGUAUAGAUACAAGUGAUUUUGUUCGUGAUAUCUAGAAUCCAUUAAUAACACACACAUAAUUUUCUUACGACUACGAAUCUUGCUACUCGAGACAUUCGAUUAGACGUUUCUCGGAGAUGGAAAGAGUAUAGGAAGACGUUAACUGUCGGAUUCUAAUGCCAUUCGCAUCCUGCCUUCGCGAUAACAGCAUACAAUUGAUGCGAAUCGUUUGGUCGAUGUUAACAAGAGACGGCGAAGAGCGAAAGCAAAAAUCGAUCACGAAGGAAGGAUAAAGUAGAGGAAUCCCAUGCUGCAUGUGUCUAGUCUCGAAAAAAGGAACUCUGCAUUAUUCUCAUUUUAUAUAUAAUAAUACGAUCCUUUUUUUGUGCUGGCGCAAAUGUACGUACUAACGAAAUAAAUCAUUUAUAUGACAAA